AUGCAAUUAUUUUCUAAACCAUUACCUACAUGGUAUGGUGGACAGAAGAAAGUGAUCAAUGCAACAGCGAUACUUACAUUAAGUGCUGUUACUUUAUUACGUAUUUAUCGCAAACAACAACAGCGAGCUGGAGUGGAAAAGGACACUGCAAAAACAGCAGCAGCAGCCAACUCUCGCUUUUUUCCCAUUACGUCAGUGGGUGUGAAUAAAGAGUUUAGACGUCAAUUAUCAGCUAUUGCAACCAUCUUGUUCCCAAACUAUUAUACAAAAGAGGUCUUCAUUCUAUUUUUGCACUCUAUCUUCCUUAUUUUGAGAACCUAUUUGAGUGUGGUGGUGGCUAGAUUAGAUGGUCGUAUUGUUAAAGACUUGGUGAAUGGUCAUGGCAAACGUUUUUUAAUUGGACUCGGGUAUUGGUUUGCUAUCGCAGUACCUGCAACUUAUACAAAUAGCAUGAUCCGCUAUUUGCAAUCGAAAUUAGCCAUUGGAUUUAGAACAAGGUUAACCAAAUACAUACAUGACAUGUAUUUGGAUAAACAAAAGACAUUUUACAAAGCGAUCAACUUAGACAACCAAAUUCAAGGAGCCGAUCAGUUCAUCACAACUGAUGUAGCUAAAUUUUGCGAUACCCUUUCCUCUUUGUACUCUAAUCUUGCCAAGCCUAUUCUAGAUAUGAUUAUUUUCAACUACCAACUUACAAAAUCCAUUGGUUUCGUGGGGAUGCUUGGAUUGUCGCUGAAUUACGUGGUGACAGCAAGACUAUUACGUGCCGUGACCCCAUCCUUUGGAAAACUCGCAGCUGAGGAAGCCAAACUAGAGGGAGACUUCAGAGCAACACACACACGUCUCAUUACCAAUGCAGAAGAGAUUGCUUUCUACAAUGGGGCCGAACUCGAGCACACCAUCCUCAAUAAAACUUAUCUCAAACUCAUCAAACACAUCAAUUCUAUUUACAGAUUACGUAUUACCUAUAACAUGUUUGAAGAUUUCUUAAUUAAAUAUGCUUGGAGUGCUUUUGGACUGAUUAUGUGCGCCAUCCCCGUCUUUACACCUCAGUUAAUGUCAGCAGCAUCAGCAACAGCAGCAAUUAUCACUAAUGACAAAACUGCUAGCACCACCAGCCAAGUAGGAUCUCGAACAAAAGGCUUCAUAACAAAUAAACGUCUCAUGCUGUCAUUAGCUGAUGCAGGUGGCCGUAUGAUGUAUUCUUACAAAGAAUUGGCAGAAUUAGCAGGUUAUACCAGUCGUGUCUAUACGCUGUUAUCUGUUCUGCACGCAUUGCAUGAAGGCAGAUACGAUGGCCCGACCAACCCUACUCCUUAUACCCUCACCCAUAUUCAUGGCAAAGUGUUACUCGAUGACAGUGGUAAAAGGCUGGUGUUUGAAAAUGUGCCAAUAGUGACUCCAGCAUCAGGACAAACCCGCGUAGGUGAAAAGCUAGUGAAUCCUUUGAAUAUACAAAUUGGACCUGGUCAACAUUUAAUGAUUACAGGGCCGAAUGGAGUUGGAAAAUCUGCUAUUGCUCGUGUUAUUGCCAAUUUAUGGCCAGUAUUUGAGGGUACUUUGACUAGACCUACUGAGGAUAGCAUUAUUUUUAUCCCACAAAAGCCAUACCUUAGUCUCGGUACAUUAAGAGAUCAAAUCAUUUAUCCUCAUUCUAAACAAGACAUGGUUGAAGCUGGUCGAACAGAAGAGGAUCUGAUGAAGAUUCUAGAGAUUGUCCAUCUAGCCUAUAUACCAGACAGAGAAGGUGGCUGGGAGACCAAAAAGGAAUGGAAAGAUGUAUUUUCAGGAGGAGAAAAACAAAGGAUUGGUAUGGCUCGUUUAUUUUAUCACCAUCCAAAAUUUGCAGUUUUAGACGAGUGUACCAGUGCUGUAUCAACAGACGUCGAAGGGUUGAUGUAUUCUCAUGCUAAAGAAAUGGGCAUCACACUUAUCACAAUAUCGCAUCGACCCGCCUUAUUCAAAUAUCAUCAAUUUCUGUUACGUUUAACCGGUCAAAAAGAAGGUGAAUGGGAAUUUGAAACUAUUGGUACCCAGGAACAGAUACAAAAAUCUGUCGAAAAGGAACUUAGUACUCUACACGCCAAAUUGCAAGAAGAAGACCAACUUAGAUCAAGAUUAAGAGAGAUUGACCAGGAACUCAGUUUGAAAAGUCUAAACGACUUGUAA